CUGAAGAACAAUGAGGGUGUUCAUUUUGUAAUGAAUGUUAACCUGCGCAGAGAACUGCACUGAACAGCUUAGCGUGGUUUUCAUGCUCUUUAUGCGCCUUUUGAAAUCUGGACAUGACAGAGACGGUUUAUUGCACUGAGGCUGCCCUGCGUAAUGCUAGAAAAUACAUUCCUGUUGAGUUGAGAGAAUGGAAAAAGUGAUAAAUUGUUUCCAGCGGAACCCCGACGCGAGCGUGAGGCUGUUGUGCUUCCCGUGGGCCGGCGGAGGUUCUAUUCAUUACGCGCGCUGGGGAAAGCUCGUCCCCAGCUCCAUCGAAGUUUAUGCGGUCAAGCUGGCUGGGAGAGAGAGCAGGGCGAAGGAGCCUUUCUGCAAGAGCAUGGAGCAGAUCGUGGAUGAGGUCAUCGGCGCGCUGCUGCCCGAGCUUCGGGAGAAGCCCUUCGCCCUGUUCGGUCACAGCUUUGGAUCCUUGGCCUGUUACGCCACGGCCGAACGCCUGAAAAGGGUGCACAACCUGGAGCCGGCGCACCUCUUCCUCUCCGGUGCCUCGGCCCCUUACUCCGAGACUCGGAAGAACGCCCCGAACAGAAGCGGGCUGUCGGAUGAGGAUUUCCUCCACUGGAUCACCACCAUGGGGGGAACCCCCCCCGAAAUACUCGCCAACCCCGAAAUCUUGAAGCUCUUCUUGCCCGUCCUGAAGGCCGACCUCCACGUGGUGGAGAACUACCAGUGCUCCAAGCCUGACAGCCCGUUCUUGUCCUGUCACGUUACCUGUUUUGAUGGAAAGGAAGACAUUCCCCACGAUUUGCAAGCGUGGAGACACGUGACAAGAGGAGAAUUCACGGUGAAAAUGCUUCCAGGUCCUCACUUCUACUUGAAGGACCCAUCUAACGAGAAGGUCAUCCUGGACAUUGUCACAAGGCACCUUGAGACGGCCGAGAUUGAUUACUUGUAGUGGCGCAGUGACGGUGGCUCCAAGGCCAUGGUGAUGACGAGCAGAGCAGGGCUCCUGUGGUGUAUGACUCAUAGUGGGGAGGCGACUGUGACUCACGAAGUUCUCCAGAAUCGUAAAAUGCACCGGAUGUUGAGGAAUUUUGAUUGCCGAGGGUAAAAACGUAAAUAUUGUAAGUCACCAGUUUUCUACCAAGUAACAAUAAAGCGAAUUACAGUGUUUUUCUCUGGUGAGCUUGUGCCAUUAACAGGAGGAAACAAAAAUACAGGUUUACCAACUGUAAUACUUACUGGCCAUGACUUGCAUCAGCUGGAACCUCUGGAUGGGCCAACUAUGGGUCACGUGACAUUGGAAUGUUUUUGGUUAUUUUGUGAUCUUGUGCGUGAAUCUCCGCUUUUGCUGAUAUUGAGCCUGCUUUGCUUGUACAUUUAAGAUUCAUUCUCCUGCCGCUCCAUUUUAAACUCAUUGUUAAACUGAACGGUGUGUUGCAGGCGGACUGUCGAGGAGUCGGUUUUCAUAGCCGGCUGGCGUGCGUGCAGCCAGCACGCUUGUCUGCACACACACACACACAUACACACACUGACUGAACAUGCUGGUGCCGGCGGCGGAAACGUCGCCGCGGCGACGCGUAAUUAGCGGUCAGGGUCACCGAAGGAUGGCGCGGGUGUCCGUCGGCACGGCGACCUGCCCAUCGCUGCCUGUUGGCGCCUCCUCUCUCACACCACUGGAGAUGUCCUCUUCAGUCUUCCGGCAGUCCUGCUUGUUGCAGCACUUAGGCCUUUGAUCAAAGUGCGUUUUUUUUUUUUUUUACAGAGGUGCAUCUUGCAUGGAGUAGAAAUGUUUUGGCUUGACUUUGGGUCACUUGCGCCUAGCUGUCACUCAAAUCAGUGUGUGCACAGGUUUAGUGUCAUCACAAGAGUCGGGUUAUUUACUAAAGAUUGAUGAGGACAAACAAGUCUUUGUGGACUCACUAAAGGGACUCUACCUUUUUGACUAAACGUCCGUGAGAGUAAAUGUUUGUGUGGCUUUUGCACAAACGCUGUCUCAACUUUCCUUACUGAUAGUGGAAUUUUGCACAUUUAGAGGGUGCCUUGUAGGAGUUGUAUUUUGUAAAUGUAUUGUGGAAGUUGUGCCUGGGAGACAUAUAUAUAUAGGCCUGGAAAAUAAAGAAAAAUAUUUCAGUUUGAACUGUUCAGUGACAAAUAAACAAAAAAAACUUUUCAUUUAGAAAAAGUCAUCAGAGCAUUGAGGAGUAUCUAAUGCUUUGAGUACUGUCUGGUAUACCAGUGUUGCAUAUACACUAAGGACCUGAUUUACUAAGACCUCCAGCAUAUGCAAAAUCGUUUAGUGCACACAGAACCAAUGACAUUUGCAUUGAUUGGUCACGGUGUUUGUUUUGCACCAAUCUUUGGUUGUAUUAUUCGUUUUUGCAGGCGCUGAAAGGUUUUGCACUCGUUAACGGUCUUUAUAUCGGGCCUAAGUGUUUACACCUCUGUCUGAAUAUACAUAACCAUUAGCUCUACAGAUUAUGAAAACUUCCUUCAGUGAGCAAAAACAGUUUCUCAGUGAGAAUGAAUCGGCAUUUUUUUUUUUUUUUUUUUUCACAUUUACGAUUCGGUUGCUUUUGGAGGGAACGCGUCUGGUGGUUUCUGUUUGACUGCUCAGGUCAGGUGGAGGAUGCUGGCUGUGUUUACCGUAAAUGCAGAGGCUCUGUGGACACAACAGGACAGAGACUGGACCGCAGAAACUAACUAGCGCAUGGCGAGAGACUUUCUGGCCAGCUCGUAAUGAGGCGAUAAUCAUUAUCUGGCUUUCGAAUUCGGACAAUGCAAAUGCAAUGGAAAAAUAAAAUCAUCAAUCGGACGUGACUGGGUCCUUUUAUUCCCGACUAGCUUUUGUUUUAGCCUUGUUUCCAAUCUCUGAACUGAUACGGUGUGAUUAUUCUAAUGCUAAUAUUCGAUUUUAAAGCUAACGUUCUACUCUGCAUGUGUCAUUUACUUCCGUUUCCAGCUGAUAAUUUUCCUGUUUUUUUUCUUUUCUCUUGGUGGUUUUGCGUUUUCAAGCUACUCCCCAGAAAAGUUAUCUCGGUGCUUUCGCUGAGGGCACAGGGUCAUUUUCUUAAAAAUGCUCUUAACAAAGGCGAGGGUUGAGGGUUCGAUUGACUUGAGUGCAGGGCAGUGACCAGUGGACUUAAUUACAGUCACUGUGUGUGUCGGGGUCCGUGUAAUUCUGUAUAUUUAUGAAUCUGGAAAGGAAGGUUGUUUGUCUAUGUGCUGUUAUCAUCUACCAAUACUGAGAGUAGGUCUAUUCCACCUAGCAGAGCAGGAGGAUAUUAAAAUAUAUAUAUUUAAUCUGUAUGUGCAGUUAGGCCAUCUCCAGCUUGUGUUCCUGCCUUUUAGGGUGCACUUCCUUUACAGGUAGAGUACAGGUAGAGUAAGUGUUUGAGGCUCAGUGCUUUGACUUGCACUCUGUCUGACCCUUCACGGUGAAUCGCCGUUGCCGCUGCUGGCGUUUGUGUUGACUGUCCCCAGCGCAAACCAGCAGCACCUCUUUUUUUUUCAUCCAUUUGAAACGGCAUUUCAUAAACAAGGGUGACACAAACAGGUCAGAUGCAUUUCUGUGGUCAAAACAUUGGCACUUUGUGGCCCCGUGGAAAGGAACACGAUAUGCCGAUGAAUCACAAACCAAAAAUAAAUAAACAAACAUGAAAGUUUAAA